AUGUCCUCAUAAUUAUUAGAAAAGCUAUUCCAAAAUAAUCCUCAUUUGAAUGAAAUUUAAAGAGAUCACAUUGCUGAAACAUUAUAAUAUUUAGAGAAGCAUAAAAUAUCACUAUUGUUUGAAGUAAAAAUUGACAUGACUAAUAAUAGGAAUUAUUGUCAUAAUUGAUAUUAGAGAUGAGUAAUUAACCAAGAAAAUCACUUUUAGAUGCUCUAAAAAAUUAUAAAAAUAAUUAACUCUUUGAGACAGGUGAUUAUGAAGUAAUAUUUGAACAUUUUGAUACAUUUAAUAAUAAAACUGUCAAGAUUAAUUCAAUCAAGCAAGGAUUAUAAAUAAUAGGAAUAACAAAAUCAGAAGAAGAAAUAAUGAAAAAAUAUUCUGCAAUUUUAAAAAAAGGAUUUGUCAAUAAAAAUGAAUUUGUUGAUAUUCUGAAAAGUGAAUUUAGUUAACGAUGA